UCCAAGGAUCUAAAGUUAUGAUCUCAAACUUAUCAAAUUAUCAUUAUGCUUCCCUGGCAAAAUGUUAUAAAAUUAUUUUUAUCACUUCUUACGAUUGAAAACUUGAAACCAUUGUGCCUUGACUACGCUCUGACAAAUUAAUUUCACACAAAAAAUUGCCAACCCAUUAAAGCUGCCAGGAAUGUGUUUUAUGUACGCAUGUAUGUAUUAAUGUAUUGUAGCAUUAACCUAAAUCUUAACCAUGCCUCCGAAAAAGAAUCAAAAUACUUCGAAAACGAAUAAAUCAAAAAACUCGGAAGGGAGCAGCGGGAAAGAAGAAAAAAAAGGGGGAAAUGCAGUGAAAGUUAGACAUAUACUAUGCGAAAAACAAUCGAAAAUUUUGGAAGCAAUGGAGAAAUUAAAAGCUGGACAGAAGUUUAAUGAAGUUGCAGCUACAUACAGUGAAGAUAAAGCACGAUCUGGGGGCGAUCUUGGGUGGAUGACAAGAGGCUCCAUGGUUGGUCCAUUUCAAGAGGCUGCAUUUGCAUUGCCUGUUUCUUCUCUUAAUUCUCCAAUGUAUACAGACCCACCAGUCAAAACAAAAUUUGGUUAUCAUAUUAUAAUGGUAGAAGGCAAAAAGUAAAUAGUUUACUGUAAGUUUUUAUAUGUAUGGAUAAUGUUACAAAAUUAAUAAUAAUUUAUGAAACAAAUAUAUUUAUGUAUAAUAUGUA